AUGCAUCCUCUUUUCUUGGGACCUUCAAUUGUACACCAUCGUAAGUUAUACUCUUCUUAUAAACAUCUUCUGCAAAUUCUUGGCAACAUCGAUCCAGCAACAAAGCUAAUAAAAGCAUUUGGUACAGAUGAUGAAAUCAAUUUAUACACAGCUUUAAAGGAUGAAUGGGUGGAAGCUGAUCAUCUUUCAUGCUUUAUUCACAUGAGGAGAAAUGUUGAAAGAAAGUUAAGAGAUCUUGGUAUUAAAGGUGGAGAGGUCUCCAAAUUUCUAGCUGAAAUUUUUUAUGAAAAUGGUAUUUUGGCUGCUGAAUCACCCUUAGAAUUUGACGCUAGAUUGCAAUUGCUAGAGGUUGUGUGGAAUGAUAGAGAACAAGCAGAAACCAAGAAGAAUAAUCCUAUUUUGUAUGAUAGAUAUUGGAUAUUGACUGAAAAGGUACAGUAUAUAAAUGACUGACAAUCUAGAAUAGAACAGACUGAGAUAGAGAAUGCAGAGUAGAAUACAAUUGAAUAGAAUGGAUAUGGAUAUGAAAAAUAAAUAGAAUGGAGUAGAAUACAAAGCCAUCAACAACAAGAAAUGAAUUAUGUAUGUUAUUUUAUUAUGUACAUUUGAAUCUUUACAUUUUAGGCACCUAUUAUGAAGAAUACCAUGCUACUGGAUGUCGCUUGAGGAAUGGCAUACAAGACAAAUUUACAACAAGUGACAAUGAGUGCAUGAAUUCAAAGUUUAAAAAACAUGUCAAUUAUAAAGCUUCAGAUUUGCCCAAAUUUAUAAAGGAUGCUGAGGAAUUUGUCAGGGCAGACCAAAUUGUUAUUGAGGCGUCUUUCGUUAUGGCACAGGUUGAGUAUCAUUUCGUCAAAGGUUAUGAAACAUUCAACAUGGGAUCGAAGUGGUGGAGCUUUUCUCUGGUAAAUGCGUCGCCCAUUUCAAUUGGUUCCUGGAGGAAUGCAAAUGCGGACCAUCCACCCAAAUUUGCAGUGCCAUACCAGAAAUUACCCAAUCAUCACCAGAGCGCUCGCACAUCGGUGAAUAGCUCUAAGGACAGAAAACUCAUUUUUGAUACCUGCAGUGAACAUCGCAGCUGA